AUGAUUCAAGGUGGAGAUUUUGUAAAGGUUUAGUAGUUAGAGCUUUAUUUUAUAUAGUGUAUGUACACCGGUACGUGACUCCAAAGCUAAAGUACUACAAGCUGCUGGGUUUAUGUGUUACUGUUCAAAAUUUAGUUCAGGUUAAAUUUUUUUAACCUAACAUGUUGAUUCUCAAUUUCCUUUGUCCCAGCCCUAAUUCAUGAAUAAUUAGGACUGGAAGACAAAGGGAAUAAAGAAUCAACCAAGGUUAAAAAAUUUAAACCUGAAUUGAAUUCAGGUACAGAAUUGGUACAGAGAAGAGCUGCCCGCUUUGCUUGCAACAACUACAGACGCGAAGCAAGUGUCACUACCAUGCUUAAUGAGCUUUGCUGGUGCAGUCUCAAGCAGCAAAGAGCAGACCAAAGAUAAAUUAUGUUAUACAAAAUUGUAAAUAACCUAGUUGAAGUUGAUCUUUCUAAAGAAUAUACCACUUACGAGACACUCUAGAAAUAGUCGCGCUAAAUCCUUUCGAAUUCCCUACGAAAAUAAAACCUAUCUUCAAUAGAGCUUUUUACCUAGAACUAUAAAGUAGUGGAACAGUUUGCCCACCACAUUAGCCAUAGCCCCAAGUCUUAAUGUUUUUUUAGAGUGGAGUCUGUGAGCUGAAACACUAAGAACCUUUGCGAACCUGGCCGAAUCCGAGCAUAUAAGCGCUGCAGAGAGGGAAUGCUUGUAAUAUGGUAAAUGUAAAAUGUAAAUAAAUUCUGACCUGUAACAUAGAGGGUAAAGUUCGAAAGUAGUCCGGGGGUCAUGCUCAUAGAAGCUGGGAAAAAAAUCCCCCACACCCUGCUUUUAGUGACAGCCCUGGGUUCUUUUUAUGGUGCGGCCUCACUUAAAGCCAAAGUAAGUUGCAAAAAAUGUACCCUAUCAUUAUAAUAGUUUCAUAUAAGGGGCAUUGACUAUAUUUAUUAUUAUUAUUAUUAUUAUUAUUAUUAUUAUUAUUAUUAUUUUAUGUUUUUACUCUUACUUUUUACACAGAACUUAGAUAUAUACCACUGAUAAUAUUAUCUUUUUUUGUAUUAGGGAGAUAGCACAGGUGUUUCCAUUACAUAUAAUGAUUUGGCCUUUCCUGAUGAAAACUUUAAACUAAAACAUGAUGUUCCAGGUCUUCGGUCUAUGGUAAGAAACAGAUAGAAUAACAGGCCGUCUGAUCGGUGUGGAAAAAAUCUUGGAGGGGGAGAAUUAUGUGAAAGGUCGAAGUGCUCACAUUAUUGCAGUAGAAAGGGUCUACUUUGGAGCAAGUGAGAAGAUUUGGCUGGUCGUUUGGCUCAAAGAACUUUGGUAGCUCAAUCUGCAUGAUGUUUUUAACCAAAAAUGAGUUAUUUAACAUUCUUUAAAGGUACAUGCAAACUGACACAACAACUCCCAACAUUGUUGCGCCAACAAUGUUGCAUGUUGUCGUCCCCGCGGUGUGCAAACGGAUGCAGCAACUCCCAACAACACACAACAACAUGCAACAGGGUGUGAACUGAUACAACAUCUAACAUCCAACAAUGUUGGGAGUUUUCGGGAGUUUUUCGAGUCAUUACUUCCCAUAAGCAACCACCACAAAAUGCACAAUAAAGUGGUUUUGUUCAUGAGAGGCAAAUCAGUUUGAGUCUUAUUAGCUGCCAUGCACAUGUGUCAGACGAUGUCUGGACACAUCUACUGUUAUAGGACGAGAGUUAAUUGCAAGUAAAGCCCAAGUUGCUCGUGCCUGUGGUGUUUGUACAUGUAACUCACAACCCGAGUAGUGCAUUAAGCAGUCGUUUACAAGAGGUUAAAAACAAAGAAGAAUAAAACUAUUGCCCCUCGAAAGUGGUCGGCUGUUCACCAGUAUGAGAAGAGGUGGUCAUCAAUGAGACUCUUCCACCUAACAAUUUUGAUGUUUGUGAAAGCAUUACAAGCGAUAGCCACUUCUGGAGGUUUCACCAUCAUGAGCAUUUGAGUUUAUGCCAUGCAUCGAUCUUGUACACAUUAUGCAUUUUUUUGUUAAUCAAGACAUUUGGUGUUGAUUAAAAUCUUAUGUGAUCAAAUCCAAUUAAUAUUGUAAGAGAAAUUGUGAGAACUAGGACUUCUCAUAAUAUAUCAAAGGCCAAUAUAUCUUUCCCACGUAUUUGAGAAAAAAAAACUGUUCUGUAUGUUUGACCUUGAAUAUAUGCCAACUACAUGCUUACACGGUGUUCUUCUUUUUUCAGGCUAACAGUGGUCCAAAUUCUAAUAGCUGUCAGGUCAGUGCACAAAAAAAGAACUUCACUAAUUUUAUUGAUUAUUCAUAUUUUUGGAUGUAUAUAUAUGUGAGCUCUUUCCAUGAUUUCAGUUUUUCGUAACCUGA